AUGCUUGGACCGAAAUUGGUUCAUGAAACCACAAAAAAGGUAGCUAUCAUUUGGAGGAGGUUAAUCACAGCACAAAGCCAGCAAAAGAGUUAUGCAGAUGAGAGGAGACUACCCUUUUCUUUUGAAGUAGGUGACCAUGCGUUUUUGAAGAUAUCACCUAGAAAAGGUUUGAUGAGAUUUGGCCAGAGUGAGAAGCUAUCACCUAGGUUCAUCGGUCCCUUUGAUAUCAUUAAACGAUUGGGAGAAGUUGCUUAUCGUCUUGCUUUGCCCCCACAAUUAUCAAGGAUACAUGACGUGUUUCACAUCUCAAUGCUUCGCAAGUAUGAGCCUGACCCAUCUCACGUCUUAGACUGGACGAAUCUUGAGGUAGAUGAAAAUGUUUUCUACGAGGAUAAACCAAUGAAGAUUUUAGAUUCCCGAGAGCAUGUUUUGAGAGGUAAAACUAUACCUCCAUUCAAAGCACUAUGGCACCAUCAUGGGGUAGAAGAAGCCACUUGGGAAAGGGAAGUGGAAGUUCGUGAAAAAUACCCUGAUAUGUUUAAUGAUGCAUGA